UUGACAGUUGCAGGUCUCGAGUUGAUCCCUUUCAGUUUGACUUCCUCAGUGGGUGCUGAGACCAUGGCGGCGGCGGCGGCUGCUGCGUGCGGCCAGCCGAGCGCUGCGAUAACGACCUCCGUGGGUGGUAAAAAAACGACGCACACGGGACGGGAACACAGCCGGAGGAACCGGGAGAACUCACGCCGGAGGCAGGCUGCUCUUUUGUUUCUCAGUAACAUCUCUCUGGACGGGCGGCCGGUCCUCGGUAAUCCCGUUGACACUGUUGGGAACCGCUACCACAGAGAGGCUGACACGGGAGGAGCCGACCCCUGCUGCGCGUCGGCAGCGUCCCCGGAUCCGGGCAACAACAACAGCUACGGGACGUUCUCCCAUUUGGCAGUGACCGGGAGCUCCGGGACGAUCAAUCCUGCCACGGCAGUGAGGACGGGACUCCUGAACAUACCGCCUAUUCUCGUCCUGCCCUCGGACACGGGGUACAACGAUGUGGGGAGCGCGGAUUUGUUGCUGGACUGCCGCAGAGCCUCGUCCCCCUUACCGGGCAACAGCAACCUGCUCUCCCCGUCCCCGACCAACAGCAACCAGCUCUCCCCGUCCCCGUCCAACAACAGCCUGCUGCCGUCUCCUCUGGGACCGCGGAAGUCCUCAACCUUGCUGUCUGUCCAGAGCUGUAACUCGGUGUCCUCUGAGCCCAGACAAAGGACUCGGAACCUCUCGGGGGGCUCUCCACGACCUCGACACACGAAGAAGAUCAACUUUAAAAACAUGAAACAGUGCGACAUGAGAGGCAGCAGGAUCGUGCUGAUCUGUGCUAAGAGAUCUCUGUGUGCUGCAUUCUCUGUCCUGCCCUACGGUGAAAGCUUCUACCUCAGUGACCCCACAUUAAACCACCCCAGGAGGAGGCACUCGUCUGGAAACAUCUCCACCACCCUGGAGAUGCUGCCGGGGCUGGAGGGCUUCCACCUGGACACCUAUGGCAGGUCGGUGUCGUACGCCCAGUUCCUGUACCCUACAAACGCCCUGGUGAGGCAGAAGCCGGCGUCAGCCAGCGACCUGACGCUGCAGAUUCCUCAGUCCAGGAGCACACACAGCAUGCCGGGCCGGAGCUACCCACCCAGCAGACUGAACAGCACUGUUGGGCUGGACCUCGGUCUGGAGGAUGUGACGGACUACGACCCUCACCUCCUCAGUGACCCCCAGUGGCCUUGCGGGAAACACAAGCGGGUGCUGAUCUUCGCCUCCUACAUGACGACAGUGAUCGAGUACGUCAAACCCUCGGAUUUGAAGAAGGACAUGAACGAGACGUUUAAAGAGAAGUUUCCUCACAUCAAACUCACGCUCAGCAAAAUACGCAGUCUGAAGCGAGAGAUGAGAAUAGUCGGCGAGGAUUGUGGGAUGCAGCCCGUCACCAUAGCGAUGGCGUUCGUCUACUUUGAGAAGUUGGUGCUGCAGGGUCGCCUCAAUAAACAGAACAGGAAGUUGGUGUCAGCUGCCUGCAUCCUCCUGGCUGCUAAGAUCAGCAGUGACCUCAAGAAACAGGAGGUCAAACACCUCAUCGAUAAGCUGGAGGAGCGCUUCAGGAUCAGCAGGAGGGAGCUUAUAUCGUUUGAGUUCACCAUCCUGGUCGCCCUGGAGAUGGCGCUCUACCUGCCCGAGAGCAAAGUCAUGCCUCAUUACAGAUGGCUGGUUCAGCAGCAGAAGUCGUAGCAGCAGGGACUCCUCUCUCUCUCUCUCUCUCCGGGAAACACUCGGCAACCUCUGAAACUCCUCGAGGAGAUCCUGGUGCUGCCUGAGGCUCAGAGGCUCAGAGGCACUGUGAUUGGACGGACGAUGACAGGCCUGCUGGUGCCUGGCUCAACGGCACAGAGAGCAACAGAGCCCUCUUCUUUCCUUUAAACACCAAAGUAACGGCACACUGUGAGCGAUGGUUCAGCAGCACGACUAAAAGCUGGUUAAACAGCACUUAAGGAUCACUGAAAGGUCUCAUUGAUCACAGCCAGUUAAUUUGUGUUUUUGUAAAAGAAGAGAACGAUAAGUUUGCUCGCAGAUAACAUUCGCUUCACUCGCGACGUUUGACAGAUUUCGUCAUGACGGAGACUAACAGCGCGAUGCUGUCGAGUGAUUCAUAACACCUCCUUUCUAAAAUCUCUGCAGGUGAGAAGAAGAGCAUCGAGAUUUCCUUUCUGUUGAAAAAUAGUUUUUUCAAAUCUGCCUGGAAACAAGAGUAAAAAAAAAAGAACGUUGAAGCAGUUUUGAGUUAUUGCAAUCAUCUUACUGCAGCUUCGACAUUAAGGAAGCAUCCAGGGGAAAAAAAACAUCCAAAUAUCAAAAAUAUUUUCUGUUUUUUUUUUUUCUCACAUUAUUAUUUCUGACCUCAAAAGCUGCUGAGACGUCUUUGGAGUUCUCCGCAGGCUGCAGUGUGGUUUAUGAGGAAAUUUGAAUUUUUUUUUAAUGUGCCGACAGUCGAUAAAACACGAGGCAGAUUUCUGUAUCUGACAAUCAUUUUUAAGGCAUUUCAAAGCAUCGUAGAGCAACAGUGCUGAGGCUGCAGCAGAGAUGCAUCAGCAGCUCUGCAUUUUGUGGAUGAUUUGAUUGCAAAUAUUCAAUUUAAGAUGAUGAAUGACGGCAAUCAGGAGAGCACGUUCUAGCACUGCGAGAUGUUUCCAGCACUUUCUUUUGCGUCUUUCUGACACACGGUCUUCCUUUUUUUCAAACACUCGCUCACUCUGAUGUCAUUAAAUCAGCACUUUUCUGUGUGUGUUGUCCUGAUGUGACGUUGCUUCUUUCUCUGACUUGUGGUCAUUUGCACUCCGGCCCCACUCUCUCUGAUGGACAUUUUUCAGAGUCGGCGCAGAGUUCAGUCUGAAGCUCCACUGGAGGAGUUUAGAUGUUUAAGUGCCUUACCUUUUUUUCUAAUUUUCCCAUCCUUGUUGUGAUGAUGUUGCGCCUCUUCCUUCUUCUUUGCUGGUUUGUUGAGCGUUCAGAGAAGUGAUAAAGCACUUACACUAAAUCUGUCGCGUUUCUGCAGGAUCUUGAGGUCUAACUGAGGAAGCACAGGAAUUAUCCUGUGAGCUUGUUGAACACUCGAUGGCAGGGAACACGUCUGUUGUUGUUGACAUUUUAAGAUUUAGAAAAUGAUCGGGGGGAUUUACGACUCGGGUGUGUAGUCGUCUUCUUUUAAGGUUUAAAGCACAGACCGUGGGAUCAAUGAGUCGAACAAGCAGCAGAUAUUCUUCUGAUUACCAAGUCUGUUUAUUCUCCUCUAUGAAAUGUAACAGAGAUAUAUUUAACUUUUUAGGAGUGAUGGUCGCACAAAUGUUUUUUUUUAAACUUGGACUCUGAGACAUAUUUCUGACUAAGACAGAUGUCCGUCAAUUCAGAAAACAAAAGACUACAAAAGAUUUAGAUAAAGAAAAAGAUUCAUUGAAAAUGAAGUUUCUCAAGAACAAAAAUAAAAUGUGCAGAACUUUUAGAUCUGUGAUCAGAAAUAAGAAAAAUCUAAAUCACAUGGAGACUAAAUCUUCUAAUCUUCCUCCUCAGAUUCCUAUUUUUCCAAAAUGUUAUUGUCAACAUUAAGACUUUUUUUUUUUUUUACCAAAAAUGCACGGCCCAAAUGUUGUAUUGUUAGGACAGAUUUGUCACUCGUGAAAGAAAACGUUUUUUCCAUCAUGGUGGCAUCAAAACUCCUGUUACAACAAGCUCCUAAUGAAAACUUCUGAUAUAUGUCAGCAGCUUCUUAAGGUGGACUGAACAGUUGUUCUUCUUAAGGUGGACUGGACAGUUCUUCCUCUUAAGGUGGACUGGACAGUUCUUCUUAAGGUGAACUGGACAGUUCUUCUUCUUAAGGUGGACUGGACAGUUGUUCUUCUUAAGGUGGACUGGACAGUUGUUCUUCUUAAGGUGGACUGGACAGUUCUUCUUCUUAAGGUGGACUGGACAGUUCUUCUUAAGGUGGACUGGACAGUUCUUCCUCUUAAGGUGGACUGAACAGUUGUUCUUCUUAAGGUGGACUGGACAGUUCUUCCUCUUAAGGUGGACUGGACAGUUCUUCUUAAGGUGGACUGGACAGUUCUUCUUCUUAAGGUGGACUGGACAGUUCUUCUUAAGGUGGACUGGACAGUUGUUCUUCUUAAGGUGGACUGGACAGUUGUUCUUCUUAAGGUGGACUGGACAGUUCUUCUUCUUAAGGUGGACUGGACAGUUGUUCUUCUUAAGGUGGACUGGACAGUUCUUCUUCACGCUUCUCAAAAGGGAACUCAUUGUAGCUACAGACUCUCGCUGUGUCUGCAUCAUGAAGGAGCAUCAACAACCAAAACAACCUUCUCUUCAUGAACUACCUUACAAGAUGUUUGUGUCUGUUUUCACUGUUUCAUAAAGGGACGAAUAUUUAACCAAACGGACGCCUCCGUCAGGACGCUCGCUCGUUUUUGCACUUUUUGCCUUUUUUGCUUCACAAUCCUGAACCUUUAUUUUAACUUAUAGUUACAGGGACAAUACUAUUUUUCUACAUGUGUUAAUAAUUAUGUUGUUGUUGUUAUUGUUGUUGUUGUUGUUGUUCUGUGUUGGAAACUGACCCGAGUCACUGAUAGUUAUUUUCUGAUAAUCCUCCAGACGUAGAAUCAAGUUUGAAACACGUUCCCAGCUCAUGUGUUUGAGUUUGGAUUUUAUUUUACGUCAGGUGUUAAAGGGACUGUUGUUGUUGUUUGUUUGUAUUUGUUUUUUUUUUUAAUGGGGGCUGUCUGUUGUUAUCAAUGCUUUAAUGUUGGAGCAGGAGAGCCACCAUUCUCUACUUUCCUACAUUGUUUUGGGAUUAUUGCUUCAAAAAAGGAACAGACUACGGAAGCCCUCAGAGGACAUACAUUUGAUUUCAGUCAGUUUUAAUGUGAUGAUGAUUUCAUUUUGGCCGUUUUCUUAAGAACCCGAGAAAGUAACUCAUUACCUCGGGGAAACAAGCAUUGUUAUUCCCAGAUAACGAGACGGAUAGGUCGAGAUCUGAAGAAAAAAAUACAUAUAUAUAUAUUACAUAUAUUACAUAUAGAGAAACUAAAUGUUUCGGGCUUCCGUAACAGACAGGACCUCAGCUGGUCUUUUUUUCUGUCCUGCUCCAACACUGAAAGCAAAGACGAAUCCACACUCCACAGUUUUCCCUGAGACGCUUCAGAGCGAAGACGUUCAUUUCCACCUCUGUGAGCAAUAAACAACGAGUCUGUUGUUAAUAAAGUACGAGAGA